AUGGCGUCAAUCGCGGGAGGCUCAGCCGAGACCUCUCCGCCAUCAGGUCCGACUCGCAGAGGAGGUAACGAAAACCAUAGAGGCGGGGUUCGAGGACGCGGACGAGGAAAUGCGAAUGAGCGGGGCGUUGUUGGAAGGUCGGAGCGUGGUCGAGGUCGGGGAGGAGGAGGACGGGGCAGACGAGGAGCCGACAUCUCAACACUGACCGUGCCAACUGUUGACCAGUCUACGACUCCAGCACCUCGCCCGGACAGCAGCCUUCCCAAGCCCCAUGCACAAUCCUCGCGCGGAAGCGACGUUGAAGCCGAAUAUCUGGAGGCCGAGGUCUGCUUUAUCUGUGCCAGUCCUGUUGUGCACCAGUCCGUGGCGCCAUGCAACCACAGAACCUGUCACAUCUGCGCCUUGCGUAUGAGGGCGCUCUACAAGAAUAAGGAGUGCGCACAUUGUCGAACAGCUGCCCCGUUCGUGAUGUUUACAGACGACGCCACCAAACGAUAUCAAGACUACUCUGACCAAGACGUCACCAGUACCGACGACAAUAUCGGCAUCCGGUACACCAAUGAAGAUAUAGUUGGGGAUACUGUGCUGCUUCUUCGCUACAACUGUCCCGAUACUUCCUGCGAUUUCGCCGGCUUGGGCUGGCCCGACCUUCACCGACAUGUCCGCAGCGCCCACCACAAGAAGAUGUGUGAUCUGUGCAUGAGGAACAAGAAGGUCUUCACCCACGAGCAUGAGCUGUUCACCGACAAGGAGCUCGAGAAACAUAUGCGCCAUGGUGAUGACCAGCCUGGUGCUGUGGAUCAAACCGGUUUCCGAGGCCACCCGCUUUGUGCCUUCUGCGGCCAGCGUUUCUACGAUGACGACAAGUUGUACGAGCACUGCCGGAGCAAACACGAGCGCUGCUUCAUAUGCGACCGCGAAGAUCCGAGACAGCCCCAUUAUUACCGAGAUUACAAUGCUUUAGAGGAGCACUUCAAGAACGAUCAUUUCUUGUGCAUCGAUCGCGAAUGCCUCGAAAAGAAAUUUGUAGUCUUUGGGUCUGAGAUGGAUCUGAAGGCGCAUCAGUUGAGUGAGCAUGCGGGCUCAUUAUCCAAGGAUCUGAGGCGUGAUGCUCGUGUGGUAGACCUCGCUGGCUUUGAUGUUCGGGAGAGGUAUCAACAACAGAGAAGAGGUGGCGGCAGGGGCAGAGAUGGUAACAGGGAAGGGGAGGGGAAUGGGAGAACAAGAGGCCGCGACCCAAACGCAGAGCCUCUGCCAGUGAGCUCGGCACAGCCACUUCGACGAGAUGAGCUCGCCUACCAGAGGCAGAUGGCCAUACACUCGUCUCAAUCUGUUUCUAACCGAUCAUUUGGUGGUCAACUGUCAUCGAGCGCGCCUAGCCCUUCUGGACAGUCAAGUCAACGAGCGACGGGAGCAGGGGCGCCUGCACCCACCGCUACAGCAGCGCCCGUUACCGAGAUGGACGGUCUGAGUCUGGCUGACCCAAACCUCUCGCCUGAGGAUCGUAUUCGUCUCAUGCGUCAUUCCGCUGUCAUCGAACGUGCCUCAAAUCUACUUCGGAACGACAAAGCGAAAAUCGACAUCUUCCGAUCCCAGAUAUCAUCUUACCGACGAGAUAAGGUCUCGGCGGCAGCGCUGGUCGACACACUCUUCUCGCUGUUCUCCGACACGUCGUCUGCCGCCCUGGGAACUCUAUUUCGGGAGAUGGCAGAUCUGUUUGAUGACAAGGCUAAGGGGGACCGGUUGCGUAAGGCAUGGAAUGAUUGGCGAGCUAUCAACGAAGAUUAUCCAACACUGCCCGGCCUUGGUGGGAUGCACGGCGCCACGACGUCAAACAGUGGUUGGGCGGCGGCAGCCGCAAGCUCACCAUUGGCAGCGGCAACAGCCCCCAGCCAGAAACAUACUACACGGGUGCUCAAACUCAAGAAUUCGACGCAGCAGUCUCAGCGGUCUAGUGUAGUGUCUGCAUCUGCCGUGUUCGCGACCAGGGCUGCAAGUCGGCCGAAUCCGCCCCCAGCCGCCUCUUUUCCCUCGUUACCAUCAAGUAGCGGUCCCCUGUCACGCCCGUCGUCAACAGCCCUCUGGGGAACCACUACAAGGCCCCAAGCCUCAGUCAGGCCUCCAGCAACCGGUAAUCGCGAGGACGCUUUCCCCGCCCUCCCUGUCGCUCCAAAGCCUACCACUACUAUCUUCGGUUAUGGUACAGGCAGAGGUGUGCGUAGAGACAACGGGGGAAGAGGGAAUACUGGCUUUAGUUGGGGAAGUACAAGCGAGGAGCCACCUACCGCAAGUGGUGUGACGGAGGAGGAGGAGGAAGGGGGGGGGGAAGGUGGAGGAAAAGGAAAGAAGGGCAACAAAGGUCGAAAGAAAGUCCUGGUCCAAUGGGGUUAG